UGUGUGCUUGGAAGAGCGCUGAGCGAUUGUCCAGUCUGUCUCAGUGAGCUCCCAGUUGAGGAUACCAGCUCCAGGACUUCUAGGAUGCUCGAUGCAUGGAGAAAAGCUUUAGUGCUUCCAUAAAGUUAUUACUACAGCACCUUACUCGCGUAUAAUGAAGUGAUCGGACACUUUAAAGUGGACGGUGGGCCCCUGAAACCUGCUGACCACAAGCCCUGAAGAGUGUUUGCUGCAUGUGGAUGCUGUAAACGAUGUGCUGCUCCGUGGCGCUCGUGCUCUGCUGUGUGAUCGUGUCUCUGAACGGCGCAGCAUCACUGGACCUGCAGCCCGACAUGCCGAAUGUGUGUGAGGAGCAGGAGAUGUCUAUGCUGGGGGUGAGGCAACCAUGCGUUCAGGCCUUUACGCGAAUGGUGAAGGUGUGGAAGCAGGGCUGCUCUUCUCAGCGCUGGUGCAUGGGCUACGAGAGGAGGACAGGCUAUUAUACAGUGUAUAGGCAGGCAUACAGUAUGGAGAUGCAAACUGUCUACAGGUGCUGCCCAGGGUGGAUGCAGAGAGGGGAAGAGAGAGGCUGUCUGCAUAGAGUGUGUUCUUCUGGGACCUGCUUUAACGGUGGGAAGUGCUCUGAGACGGGUGAUCAGCUUUGUCAGUGCUCGGAAGGGUUCGAGGGAAUGCGCUGCCAGUAUGAUAUAAACGAGUGUGCGGACAGUAACGGAGGAUGUGAAGGCUCGUGCUGUAACACUAUUGGCAGUUUUUACUGCAGGUGUCCUGAUGGCAUGAAACUCGGAGCUGAUGGGAAAUCCUGCCAAGAUAAAGAUGAGUGUGAAGAGCUGAAUGGUGGUUGCCAGCAGACAUGUGUGAACACACUCGGUUCGUACCACUGUGAGUGCAGUGAGGGUUUCCGCAUACAUGCUGAUGCUCACACAUGCAUAGCUGUGAACUCUUGCUCUGUGAAGAAUGGCGGCUGUGAGCACAGGUGUGUGGAUUUGGGGAACGAGCAGUACAUGUGUGAAUGUCGCAGCAACUAUCAGCUCAAAAGAGAUGGCAAACACUGUGAAUUGAAGGACCCCUGUAAGGAACAUAACGGAGGAUGUACUCAUAUCUGCAGUAAUGUGAAUGGACAGGCGCAGUGCAGCUGCAGAUCAGGAUUCAAAAUGGGAGAUGACUUCAAGAGAUGUGAAGACAUAGAUGAAUGUGGGUCUGGUCAGACUAAAUGUGCUCACGGCUGUGUUAACGUGCCGGGAUCAUUCCGUUGUGUGUGUAACCCAGGAUUCGAGCUGGGUGCUGAUGGGAAACAGUGCUACCGUAUAGAGAUGGAGAUCGUGAAUGGCUGUGAGAAAAACAACGGGGGCUGCUCCCAUCACUGUGAGCACACCACCAGUGGGCCCCUGUGCUCCUGUAACCAAGGUUACCAUCUCGCUGAUGACCUCAAGACGUGUAUAGACGUUGAUGAGUGUGAAAACGGGGAGGCGUGCUGUAGUCACUACUGUAAGAAUUACCCAGGAGGCUAUGAGUGCAGCUGUAGACCUGGAUACACACCUAACGGCUGCACAUGUGAUGACAUUGACGAGUGUGUAUCCGAGACGUCAGGAUGUUCUCAGUACUGUGUGAACACGCUGGGCUCCUAUGAGUGUUUCUGUCAGGUGGGCUUCAGACUGGACCACGACCAGAAAUCAUGCUUGCCUCUCUAUGAGAGGGAAUUGGAGGAGGAGGAAGAAGAAGAGGAAGAGGUUGUCGGCAGUGAAGAUGAGGCGGGGGUUCUACAUUUGCCGGACUUGCUGUUCCGUCGCCCCCCUCAACUGCUGCAUUACACCGCUGCUUUAAGUAGACCGUAUGAUGACGACACAUACACCUAUGACCCAGAGCACCCACAAAACCUUGAAGAGAGACAGGAGCUGACCGUCAUCAGCAAGAUUGUGUGUGAGGAGGGUUCAUUCGGUGACGACUGUGGUGUGAGCUGUGAGGACUGUGCUAAUGGAGGAGUGUGUGCGUCAGAGAGGGAUCGCUGUGUAUGUGGACCUGGCUGGACGGGGGUCACCUGUAAUGACACUUGUGCUGAGGGCACAUAUGGCGUUCUGUGUAACAGUCUGUGUGUUUGUAAGAACGGGGGCCGCUGUGACCCAGUGACGGGGAAGUGCUUGUGUCCUCCAGGAGUCCACGGUCUGCACUGUGAAAACGGUUGUCCGCAGGGUUUCUAUGGGAGGUUCUGUCACAGGAAGUGUAGCUGCCCCAGUAAUGGACGCUGCCAUCGUCUGUAUGGAGGGUGUCUUUGCACACCUGGCCUCUACGGCAAAUUCUGCCACCUGCCAUGUCCCAAAUGGACCCACGGUGCGGGUUGCUCGGAGGAAUGCCAGUGUGCGCAGGAAAACUCACUUUCUUGUGAUCCACAAAAAGGCACCUGCAUUUGUAAACCUGGUUACAGUGGUGACCGCUGUCAGGAAGAAUGUGAUGACGGAUACUACGGCCUUGGCUGCCACGAGCGAUGUAACUGCUCUGCUGGUGAGCCAUGUGACCCUAAAACUGGAGAGUGCCAGAAGACGUGCCCAGCCGGAUACCAUGGAGAGAAAUGCCAGCUGGUGUGUGAGGCAGGUUUUUGGGGUGUAGGCUGUGCCAGUGUGUGUCAUUGUGGCAGUAAUGCAGUAACCUGUGAGGCCAGCAGUGGGCGCUGUGUGUGUGAGGCUGGAUACACUGGAGAACAAUGUGACAAGAAGUGUCCUGAGGGCCAUUAUGGAGCAGAGUGUAAACUAGCGUGUGAGUGUGAGAACGGAGCCGAAUGUGACCACGUCAGCGGAGCUUGUACCUGUGCCGCCGGCUGGGUGGGAUCACACUGUGAAAAGAGAUGUCCUGUUGGGUUUUACGGGCAGGACUGUGUGCAGAUGUGCCAGUGCGGGAACGAGGCCCAGUGUCACCACAUCACAGGCGCCUGCCGCUGCACCCCCGGCUGGGCACCACCGCAGUGCAUUCUGGCCUGUCAAGCAGGAACAUUUGGUCCCAACUGCAGUCAAUCAUGUGGCUGCCACAACGGAGGGUCAUGUGACCCGGUGAGUGGCCAGUGCAGGUGCACACCUGGGUGGACAGGAACCAGCUGCCAACAGACCUGUGCAUCUGGAUGGUUCGGUAGGAACUGUGAGCAAAGAUGCAUCUGUCCAGUGGGUGUGGCCUGUGAUCAUGUGACGGGCAGAUGUGGCUGCCCUGGAGGGUACACUGGGAACAGCUGUGAGACGAUGUGUCCUCAGGGCAGGUUCGGCCUGAACUGUUCUCAGAUGUGCACAUGUUCUGGAGAUCAGUACAGCUGUCACCACGUCACUGGGAAAUGCACAUGUUCACCUGGAUACUAUGGCAACCGCUGUCAUCUGAGAUGUCGAGAGGGCACCUAUGGCCCAUACUGUAAGAAGAGGUGUAGAUGUGCCAAUGGAGGCCAAUGUGACUUCAGGACUGGCUCUUGCAUCUGUCAGCCGGGAUACUUGGGACCCAACUGCAGCACCAGUUGUCCCACAGGUCGCUAUGGGAGAGACUGUGCUCAGGUGUGUUUGUGUGGAGAGGAAGGACAGUGCCACCCAGAGACUGGGAGGUGUAACUGCGCACAGGGUAGAACGGGACCUUCCUGUGAACAAGUAUGUCCUAGGGGGCGCUAUGGAGCGCAAUGUCGGCAUUUCUGUACGUGUGCGAAUGGAGGCGUGUGUGACCUUGUGAAUGGGACAUGUAGAUGUGGCCUGGGCUGGACCGGGCAGCACUGUGAAAAAGUUUGUGUCCCAGGUCGGUAUGGUGUGAACUGUGAGCAGCAGUGUGUGUGUCAGAAUAAUGGUACAUGCGAUCGCUUUACGGGAUGCUGCUCUUGUCCGUCUGGAUACUACGGUCCCGCCUGCCAACACCGAUGCCCCGCUGGCUUUUUCGGUGAGCUCUGUGCUCAAUCAUGUGACUGUAAACAUGGGCACCUGUGUGAUCACGUGACCGGACAGUGCGUGUGCCCUCCAGGUUAUCAGGGUGACAAGUGUGAAAAACGUUGUGAUGAUGGACGUUUUGGACGUGAUUGUGCAGAACUCUGUGAUUGUGAUGGAGCGCCCUGUGAUCCGACCACUGGACGGUGUCUCUGUCCAUCUGGAAAGACAGGAGAACGCUGCGAGAAAGUUUGUGAUGGCAGGUUUUAUGGUCCAGGGUGUUCUUUCCGGUGUCAGUGUGGACACGGAGGCCAGUGUGACCAGCGCACAGGUCACUGCUCAUGUCCCCUCACCUGGAUGGGACCCACCUGUGAGGAAGGUGUUUCUGUAAAUCAUGUGUCUUCCAAAUUACAGAAGAGGCGACGGCGUAUUUCUCACUCCUAGUCCUGAUACAGAGACCCCAAACACACACACACACACACACACACACACACACACACACACACACACACACACACACACACACACACACACACACACACACACACACACACUCCUGACACACUAGCAGAAGAUGAGUGGCAAUGAGUGGUGACUGAGUGUGUGAGGAUGUAUGUGACUUGUUAUUAUGGGUUUUUCCCCCAGACGAGCAAGCCACAGGAGAAUUAGUACGAGGAAGCAAUACCGAAAAACACAGACACACACAAACAUCCCCUCUGGAUGCACACUAGACCACUGAUAGGCUGUCAUUGAGAGUGUGAGUAUAUGUGUAUCUUUGGUGGAGGGACACAUUGUGGCUAUGACCGAGUGACUAAUGUGAAUAUAACACACAACAUGGUGGAACAGUUCAAUGUGACUUAAAAACGCUUGUUUUGUGUGCAUGUUUGUGCAUAAACUCGCUGUUUCAUAUAAGUCCCACAUCAGACAGACAAACCAAACCAUCCGAUCCAAACGCCCACCGAGCCACAAAGCCAGACCGAACUUCUCUAUUACAGGAUCAGAGUGAAGCCUCAACCGCUCAUUUCUAUAAUACAUACCACAAAUACACCACCAAAGUGGCACAUCAGAAUACAGCAACACUCAGUGGCGUUUAUGCCUUCCAUACAUGCCAUACACAGUCUAAAAUGUACCUUGUAAACGUACACCAACACUAAAUUUAACAUUUUUUUUUAUGACAAUA